AUGUUGCUCUCGUCUGUCACGCAGCCACAUCAACCUCUCCACGUUCAUACUCAAUAUUAUCAGGGAGCCCCUCUGGAGUCGCCAACGGGUCACUCGUACGGUAGUAGCGCGGGUUGGCAAGCACCCAUUGAAGAGCGUAGAACGUCGUUUUCUGAGGUCGAAGGCCGACUCUCAGCUAGCCUAGAAAGUCUAGAUAUGGAUGAGCUUUUUGGAUCGCGGCAAUCCUCGCCUGAAGCUGGUCCUUCCACGUCUUCCGGUUCAUCUUCUCGUAGAAUGUCGCGACGGUCGGAAUCGCUGCUUUUGAAGCGGGAUCGCGAUUUGGAGCGUUUGAUAGACGAUUUGUUGGAGAAAAAUGAGCACGCCUCCCAAGUGGAUGGACAGCCACCAAAUGACCAUUUAAAUCCCGGUUUCUUCCCGAUGCUCGACAAUAUUCCGCCGCCCGAUUCCGCGACACCGCCCCAUACGUCGCCCAUCGACCGGAAGAUGCCGGUCCAGAUAAAAACAGAGCCGGUUGCCCCUUCGGCAUUUCCGUUCAGCCCCCAGGGCUAUUUGCCGCAAUACCAUGGGCAUCCGUUUUUCAACCAGCUGAACUCUUUGCCGUCGCCGUUCCAACAAUGCGACUUCCCGAUGCCGCCCCCGGCCGCCGGUCUUGCUCCCUACCAAGGGCUGUUCGGUCAGCCUCCCCAGAGUCCAUUUGCUCAACUCGACGCGAGGAGGGGCAGUCAUGGAACUAUCAGCUCAACUCCAAGCUCCCACACAACUGCCUCAACUCCAAUCCAAUCCACAAGCCCCGGUUAUCAAUAUGGACCAUCACAAGUAUUCAGCCUCAUCAAAAACGAAUCCACCUCCUCUAUCCAAGAUGAAGAGGACAAACGGUGUGUCGUAUGCGAUGAUCGAGCCAUCUGCUUCCACUAUGGAGCACGAACUUGUGAAGGCUGCAAGGGAUUCUUUAAGAGGACAGUCCAGAAAAAGGCGAAAUACGUCUGUUCCGGAAAUAAGAAUUGCCUCAUCGACAAGCGGUACCGCUCCAGAUGCCAGUACUGUCGAUAUCAGAAGUGUUUGUCGGUUGGCAUGGUGAAAGAGAUCGUACGGAACGGGUCUUUGGCUGGCCGGCGAGGGCGAUUAUCCUCAAAAACGAAAACCAUCGCUUCGGACGGCCCUCCAUCUCCUGCACUUCCGCUUCUAUCAAUCCUCAUGAAAGCGUUCGACAUGUCGAAGGAGGUCAAGCAGAACAGCGUAAAAAUUGAACACCCGACCAUCCCCCAAAUGCUCCAACUGCUUGAGCUCGAAUUCCUCUCCCUCGAGCGCUUCACCCAGCGGGUACCAUACCUCAACGAAAUCGGCAAGCACGAUCUUUCCCUCAUGAUCCACCGAUCGUUUUUCCCGAUUGCAGCCACGAAAAUCGUGAUGCGAAGUACCGAAAAUGAGCUCGUCUUUGAGUCUGGAGAACGAAUCCCUAUCGCAAAUGUCCCAGCCCCACUUGCGGGCUAUUUUCAUACAUUAAUGCGAGAAUGGGCCAGCUUCCAAAGCGAAGUCGAGUGGGACCCGCUGAGCUUCAGCGCCCUCCUCUCGCUGCAGCUGCUCGUCUGCAAUGACGAUUCCAACACCAUGGGCUUCAUCAAUAAAGCCCAAGUCGACAAGACCCAAAGCACCAUCAUUAAUGCGCUCAAGGACCACUGUGCCAACAUCAACAUGCCCGGGAAAUUGGCGAAGGUUGUUCAACAGGUCGAGAAAUUCGACUGUAUCUUCCGAGUCGGAUUGGACAUGCUGACCACUUGUAUGCGCCAGGGCUUCCCGAUGCCGCGUGGGGUUCAGUCGGUCUUCCAAUGCCUCAUCUCCAUUCAAGAUGCCCCAAUCGUCACCAUGCCAAACUCCAUCUUCCAGCCCCAUCAAUCCAUGAAUUUCAAACGUGAAUUCAUGGAUUCA